ACAUUACAUGCCAAGGGACGAGAUGUCGGACCGGAUGAGGGCGCCUGACAGGCCGAACGAACAAUCCGACACACGCAGCUUCCAAUGGCCUGUCGACGAGCACUGUCCAGGACAGACGUUGAGUGAACGCCAAUUAAGGCUAACCUUGCGGAUCGGAAGGACCAUCCCAGUCGCCAAGAUGCUUCUCCCCCCGAGGUACACGAAUGCGCAGGUGUUGGCCACUGCGUUGUAUGGCCAUAUCCUGGUCUGCAUCGACAGCAUGACCAGGGAGACUGUGGCCAUCAAGUGCAUGCAGCGGUCGUUGGCAAGUGGUGCUUCUAGUCAUGCUGCCGACGACAUCGAGAUGGAGGUGCGCGUUCAUCGUACUCUAAGUGCCAACGGCGGCCACACCAACGUGCUACGGCUGCGCGACCACUUCCAAGAUGAUGCCCAUGUGUGUUUGGUGUUGGAGUACUGCCCGCGAGGCGAUCUGUUUACCAUCCUCGGCACGCAAGGGUUGCUAGAUAUGUCCACGUCGUGGAGGUGGUUUGAGCAAAUUGUACGAGCAGUGGCGUACAUGCACCGUCGGGGGUUUGCCCACCGCGACCUGUCGCUUGAAAACGUGCUUGUCGAUGGACACGGGCACUGUCUCGUGUGCGAUUUUGGAUUGGCCACUCCAGCGUCCUCAUGGUCGUGCGAAAGCGUCGGCAAAUCGUUUUAUAUGGCGCCAGAAGUUGUCGCGGGAGACGUGUACGACCCCAAGCAAGCUGACGUGUGGUCGUUGGGCGUCAUCCUGUACAUGCUUGUCGUGGGGACUCCCUUGGUCGGCGUCGCAAGUGUUGGCGACCACCGAUUUCGCUACUUGGCCACGCAUGGCGUACGAAACCUCAUGGCCCACACCAUACACAGCCCGCGAAUGGAUGCAAAGGCGGAGCAGUUAUUGGAAGGAAUGCUCGCCCUGGACCCAGCAGUGCGAUUUAAAGUCGACGACGUCCUCAAGCUCACCAGCGAGUCGUCUCGCUCACCGCAUCGAUCGAUUCGCAAAACCAUUUCAAAGUGGUUCGAGUCCAAGCGUCGACGUGGAAAAGGUGCCAACAAGUAAAGAGUCGUGAAUUCGCUCGCAGGUCAGAAAAUACAUGGCAUUCUACGAGCAAUUCGGUAGCAUGGCUUUCGCUCU